AAACAUAAAACAGAUGAGGGUCUGUUUAUCUGUCAAACGAGAUAAGCGUAAUUUAUAAACAUGUGAAAUAUUAAGGAAUUUAGUCGGUUUCCUUAUGCUUAACAAAUACAAAACUCUUUUAUUCGGAAUUAUAUUUAAACCCCUUAUGCCUGCAUGCUUUAUUUAAUUAAUGUUAACGCGUUUAAAGUAUGUUAAGAAACAUUUGGUCAAAGUGGGCUGUGUUUUAGUGCGGUCUGGUUUAGUUUCCAUGGAUAUAUAAAUAAUACAAGUUGUAAGUAUUAUACAACAAAGUGACAUUAGUUUUGAAAGUUUUGCGUGCGAAAAGUUUGACUUGGCGCACGCGUGCCAAAGGGCCUUAUCACGAGGUUGCUCGCGCGUGUUUACGUUUGAUAACAUUUCCACGAUUUUCACCAUUCGGCGCGGAGUUUUGCUCUGGUUAUCUCAAAAUUUGCGCUCGAAAAAGAAAUGAGCCUCUAUUUGAUGCUCACGUUUUUUGCUUGUGCCUCAGCUUUACUGGACACAAAAGACGUCGUAUUCGUAAUUCUCAGCCAGGAGAACAGAUAUCAUUUGCAACUUGCGGAAAACUUGAAGCUGGAUAUUUAUAAGCAGGCCGAGCGUAUUUCUAAGAUUCAUCCUAUUGUUCAUUUAUCUCAUUCUGAUUUUCCACAUCCUGGCGGUUGGACUGUUUUACCUCUAAUUCCAAGAUUAGCUAAUUUACAUAAGGGAAACAGUUCCUGGAUAUUUUUUCUCGAGGAUAGGACCAAAGUCAAUUUGAAUGUACUGCUGGACAAAUUGGUGCAAUAUAAUAGCCAAAAAGAAAUCUGGAUUGGCCAUGCAUUGUAUGACAAAGAAGCAUCGAUAAUCCACCAUUUUGCAUUUUACGAUGAUCCAGCCUACUUUAAAUACCCGAAUAUAGCUUCAGGGUUUGCUAUGAGCAUCACUUUAAUUAAAAGACUAGCUGAAAGAAUAAAAAAACACAGCGUCCCACCGUCUGAUUUUAACAUUGACAAUUCCCAUGAACUGGCUCUGUUUGUGUGGAACAAUGGCGCCGGUCAAAUGUUGGAGGACGAACCAACACUCUGUAUAAAGGAGGAACCGCAGUGUGCUGCCUUCCCCACUACUUUCCAGCUAUGUGGCGAGCUGGUGCCGAAGGAGUCCAUAUAUUUCGCUGUCAAAACUUGCCACAAAUACCACAAGGACCGGGUGCCGGUGGUCAAAUCGACUUGGGCGCGUCACGCCGAUACCGUGCGCUUUUUCAGCGACCUAGAGGACGCGUCGAUCCCAAGCGUGACAGUGGGAAUUCCGAACAGCGAGCAGGGACACUGCAGGAAGACCGUAGGGAUCCUGCGGCACGUCGCAGGAGAGAUAAGGCACCGGCCGCAGAUCAAGUGGAUCGUUGUGGCCGACGACGACACCAUUCUCAGUGUCUCGAGAAUGCAGCAGCUGCUCUCUUGCUACAACCCCGACGAGAUGGUCGCCUUAGGCGAACGGUACGGUUACAACGUGCAAAAUAUCAACAACCAUCACGGGUACAAUUACAUCACUGGGGGCGGCGGUAUGGUUUUCAGCCGAUCUCUUUUGGACGAACUCGUUAAACCUGAGCUAUGCGAAUGCCCUUCUCUUACCACACCCGACGAUAUGUACCUCGGUAUUUGUAUAGCCAGACUGGGGCUCACUGUAACGCAUUCGCCACUUUUUCAUCAGGCUCGGCCAGUAGAUUACGCCCAAGGAUUCCUAGAAACUGAGGAUGCAGUUUCUUUUCAUAAACAUUGGAUGAUCGAUCCAAUUAACGUGUACCAACAGUGGUUUUCACACCUCGAUUCCGCUAGUGAUAUCACUUUGCAUCACAAUGAGUUAUAGCACACUUUUUAUAGUCUAUGUACAGUUAUACUAUUAAGUUUUUUAAUAAAGUUUAUUUUGAAAUAA